AUGGCCAUGAACAUCAAGACCGUCCCUGUUCAGGAUCACCUAGACGUCCUCACCGUUGUCGAAAACUACGUGGCCGGCCUCAAGGCUGGGGACGCAAAGCAAGUUGCAAGGUCAUUUCACCCUGAAGCAACCAUGUACGGGUAUUCUGCCGACGGGCAUUUGCUCGGUGGGACAAUUAGCAACUUGUGGACAUUCAUAGAGAAGGAGGGUGCCGCACCAAACAUUAUCGCGCACAGCGACAUCAUAUCCAUUACACAGACGACAGCUGUGGUAAAGGUGGAUAUGGAGAAUGACGCUGCCGGUAAUGACUACACAGACAACCACACUUUACUAAAGCAGGACGGCAAGUGGCUUAUCAUUGCGAAGGUUUUCCACACGUACUCGAAGUAG